AUGACUGAGGAGAUGCUCGAGAGGACGGCGGACGCCUCACUGCUAGCGGACGCGGCGAUACUGGAUGCCUCGCUCAGAACGGAAGACGAGACGGACGUGAUGAAGCCUGAUGCUGUGGAGAGGACGCUAGAGGCGUCACUGGGGACAGAAGUUGUGAUUCCGCCAAUAAUGGUGGUUCCAGCCACGGAACUGGCGAUUGAGGACGCCUCACUGGCGAUGGAGGAGGCUGCUGAGCUAAUGGCGCUGGACGCUGCGCCAGGCGCUGUAGAAGCCUGGCUCGCGAUUGAGGAAGCGGCUGAUGAGGCUGCAUUUUCGGCUGAAGAGAGGAUGCUGCUGUAG